AUAGGAAGUAAUCUAAUGAUGGAUAAUUUGAUUAUGGGUUAGGCCUUGGACUUGGAUAAUCACUGAACCAAUAGAAGUUAUUGUUGUUUGAUUACUUUCUUAUUCAUGUUGGAGAAUGUGAGAUAUUUAUAUGUAAGCUUUAUUAUCUACAAUUAGGUCAUUGAGACCCCCCCUCAAGCCGACUUAAAAGUAUUAUUAAACCCUAUCUUGCUACAAGUUAUUCAGUUUGAGGAUCUCUCAUAAAUAUAGUUAGUAAAUCUACUAACAGUUGGAACUAAAAAAAUGAGAUGUUGAUCUCCUUGGAUUGUACCUUCUUUCGAAAGCGCUUCACACAUUUUUGAGGAUUUUAGAUUCUGGGUACAAAUUUUUUUCCAUUCAUAUCGUUGGAGUCUUACAAACCUUAUUAUUUCUGUAAUAUAUAUGCAUUUUGAGUUUUAUUUUGCACAAUGGUAUUCAUGGAAGUUGUUAUUAUGUGUACCUCUUGGAAUUUGUAUCUUGUUGCAUAGUUGAUUCGAACUUAGUAGCAGCCAAAGAGGUCGGCAUGUGGUCAUUAUAAUAGGAGCCAUGCCAAGCUCUGAUCAUCAUAGAUAUCCACUUGUGUCAUUAUAGGUUGGCGUAGUUUUCUUUCAAAUUUUGGUAUUUUCCAGUCUUUUGUGCCAUAUGCUCACUUUGUUGGCAUGCAUGUAUAUUAUAUUUUCUAUGCAUUGCUUCAGAAAAUUGUUGCUAUUAGUUCUCUUUAAAGUUUGAUUUGCACAAGAAAAAAAAACUAACUCUUGUGAAUAAAAAUCUUUUUUAUCAGUAUGCUUUCAUCUUUAGAGACAUCCACCCAAAUCUAAAGAAGGAUAACUGAAGCUUUUGCAGCUAUCAGCGACCCAAAGAAAGAGAGGACAUACCAAUUGAGGAAGCAUGGAUGUUGAUUCACAGCCGACGAUGGAGGAAACUAUCAUUGUUGGUGAUGACCUUAUGAUGGGCCCCCCAUCACCUAUUAUUCCUCCAGAGAUUGCAUCUCAUGUCCUGGAAGGUGUGGACUUAUGUGAUCAAGUACUGCGGAACUUUUUCUUGUGCUUGCAAAUCAAUGACGUCGAGCCAUUUUGCCAAGAUGAGAUCAUCUUGUAUCAAGAGUGUGCUGCAAAGAGAGAUAAGGAGCUAAGACGUAAACUUUUUGAUAGUGAACGUAAGCUGGGUUUGUCUAUGCCCUUGGGAGAUGCAAAGGAACGAGCUGCUAAUCUUGAAGCAGAAAUUAAAACUCUCGAAAGGCGCAUGAUUCUUGCAAGUGGAGUUGAAGGAAUGGAAGGAUUCCGCCAACGUUGGAGUUUGCAUGGACGUAUUGAGGAUACCAAAAGAAGAAUGGAAUCUUUGAAAGAGGGGAUCUCAAAGAGUAAAUUGGAAAAUAUUCAAGAACCUAAAGUAGACCCAGCUAAGAAGAAAUGGUUCUUUUGAAAGAUAUUUUGUGUUUGGUCUCCAGUAACCUCUUGUGUUGAUCUUAUUGGAAUCAUAUUGAACGGCUCAAGGACAUGGGGUUUACUUCGUUUGGUCGUCAAUUCGAGUAAAGUAUGCAACUACGAAUAUGGAUGCAUUCUGGAAUCUAAUCAUGUCGAACUUUGGUCCCACAAUCGUUAUAUUUAUUUCUCUCCCUCAGAACAAGGUUGUAGUUGAUUUUGACUAACUUAAACUAAGAUCUAUAUUAUAUAGAUGUAUUGUAUAUUUUUGGAGAAAUAUACAUCUCAAUUUGUUGUUUUA